UCUGUGUGACAGAUAUAAACAUUGAAUUGUGGUUUUGCUUCUACUAUUUCCAUACAACGAAACGAAUUACGUAAGGAAAAACUUAAAUAUGUCCUUCUUUUUAAAACGCGCCAUAAGCGUUAACUCUCAGCUGGGACGCGCAAUAUUAAAAAAUGCGCCUGUAUCAGCUAUGCAGCGUGUAGCUACGAAGACAGAUGAGGCGGCACCGCAAGUGGAGACUCGACCAACAGUGGCUAAAGUGGACCCUUUACAAAAAUCUCAACUUGUAGAGUUUGGCAAGUAUGUUGCAGAAUGUUUACCCAAAUACGUACAAAAAGUCCAACUUACCGCGGGUAACGAAUUGGAAAUUCUUAUACCUUCAGAGGGCGUUAUUCCUAUUCUACAAUUUUUGAAAGACCAUCACAACGCUCAGUUUGCUAGUCUAGCCGACAUCGCCGGCAUGGAUGUGCCCAGUCGUCCCAACAGAUUUGAAAUAAUUUAUAACUUGUUGUCUCUGCGUUACAAUGCCAGAAUCCGGGUAAAGACUUACACGGACGAAUUGACGCCGGUGGACUCAGCGUGUGACGUCUUUAAAGCGGCAAAUUGGUAUGAAAGAGAAAUAUGGGACAUGUAUGGUGUCUUCUUUGCCAAUCAUCCUGACCUGAGAAGAAUUUUGACCGACUAUGGAUUUGAGGGUCAUCCAUUUAGAAAAGAUUUCCCCCUCAGUGGUUAUGUUGAAGUGCGUUAUGAUGAUGAACAGAAACGUGUUGUGGUGGAGCCAUUAGAGUUGGCACAAGAAUUUAGACGCUUUGAGCUGAGCGCCCCAUGGGAACAGUUUCCUAACUUCAGAGGCAACCCUGCUGCCGAAGAGGUCACCGAUGCUACUGAUGUUAAGAAAGAUCAAUAGUUGUUUUGUAAACAAAACUAAAUAAACUCAUAGUGGCUUAUACAAA